GGUCCAAUCACAGAGAACUGUUGCCCCUAACCAAACUGGACGGUUGUGUCAGAUGGGGAGAAUGUGAGAGGGAUGGCCCAGACUUUGCGGGGACCCGGUCUUGGCGCGCCCGGGGACAUCUCCGAUCCCCACGUUCGACUUCUGCCACUCCCCCAUGACCUGCUGCGAUAGCCAUGGAUGUCUCUCAGUCACGACGUAUCCUUCGCAAGACAUUCGCCUGUGAUGAAUGCAAGCGACGUAAGAUUCGCUGCUCCGGCAAUGACAAUUGCAGCAACUGUCGACGGGAUGCCAAACCUUGCCGCUACUCCUCGCCGUCCCAGCGUCUUUCUACCUUACAAAGACGCCUUCAUGAAUCCGAGCGUCUGAGAGCUGAUAUGGAGCGGGCAUGGUCUGUCUAUCUCCCUUCGGUUGAUCUCCAGGAUGCCCUGCAGACCGUCCGCCUACAGAACGACUCGAUUCCCACCACCCAGCAGCAGGGCCAGCAUAGACAGAAGCACCUCAGCGACGUUACCCACGCGAUAGAGCAGCCCCCUGCUAACUUUGUCGAGCCGAAUAACGCCGAGGACUACGAAUUUGAUGAGUCACGGGACUUUGACAAUUCUACCGACGGCAUGGGGUUCCUGACGGUCGAUCCCCACAAGGCUGGCUAUACAGGGCCGCAGUCUGGUGUAGCUGCCCUCAAGUUUCUGCAGUCGCUUCCACUAUAUCUACCGCUAACCAGCUUCAGCCCAUCCUCCUCCCUUGAUGACGACGAUGAAGGUGCCUCUGCCAGCGCAAUACAGCAAAGACGGCAGGAUGUACUCCGCUAUCUAGACGACUAUUUUGCUUUCUACCAUCCUGCAUACCCGAUUCUUCAUGAAGGGACAUUCCGUGCUCGGGUCUCGGGCGCUCUAGCUAAACCCCGUGACGGCUCGUGGCCGAUAUUGUACAACAUUGUGCUCGCUAUCGGGGCCUUUGUGGGAGACUCUCAGGGUACCAAGGUUGACAUUCCCUUCUAUAAGGAAGCACGCAAGCAUCUAUCAAUGGACGUGCUUGAGAAAGGGUCUCUCAGCUAUGUGCAGGGGAUAGUUCUCAUGGCAAACUACAUGCAAAAGCGCAACAAGCCAAAUGCUGCCUUUAUUCUGAUCGGGAUCGGCUGGAGCAUGGCACUAGCGAUUGGCCUGCACCGGGAAUUCGGCAUGCCUAGCACAUCGCCCUUUACAAUGGAGAUACGCCGGCGCGUCUGGUGGACGCUGUUUGUCUUUGUUUCUGGCGUCCAGCUAACUCUUGGGCGGCCAGCUGUUUCGCUUGUAGGUGUCAACGUUCGUCUACCAGCCAACGUUGAUGAUCAUGAUCUUGCAGUAGACAUGGAUGAGCUACCCGAAUGUGGCACCGGCCCAAUGAUCACAUCUUGCCUCAUUGCCCAAGUGAAUCUCGCAAAGAUUGCGAACGUUGUCCAGGUGGAGUUAUUGACACACCACCUGCCCACUCACCAGAAGGCCGCAGAUUUAGAGCAGCGUAUUCACACAUGGUAUCAUGAUUUACCACCUCAUUUUGGGUUCAAUGUUCCGCUAGAAUCACGCUUUGACAUUCCCCGUCGAGUAUUGUUAUGGCGCUCAUUCCAUCUGCGGAUUGUCAUCAACCGUCCUUUUCUCUUCCAAAGCAUUGCGGCCAAGUCCGACCUUGACACUUCUGCUGGUCCAGUUGCCACCUGUCUUACUGCCGCAGACGAAUGUGUCGCCUCGAUCUGCAGCUUCCUCGAGUCAACCGACAACCGGCGCCGCGGCCUGACGUGGUACGCGACUUGUUGGCUGUUGACAGCCAGCUUUGUGCAGGCAACAUGCUACAUCUACGAGCCAGGGCAUAGCCUUGCGCCGGCAUGGAAAUGCCACAUUCAGCGCGCUGUUGACUGUCUGGGAAGCUUGGGGUCUUCUCACGAUAUGGCUCUGCGGGCCAGAGAUGUGCUCCAAAACAUCCUUGAACACGGCCACGGAAUUGCUGAUGGGGCCGAUAUUGCUCCCUACGUUUCAAGCCAACACCCAGGGUCUUUCCGACCCCUCUGGUUCCCGGGAGACCAACCGACAUUUAAAUCGGUUUCCUUGGGACUGGAUAACAGCUUGGCUAGUUAUGCACCAGGAUCUUUCAACGCGGAAUUUCUGGAUGCGGCGGGCGGGCUGAUGAUCCAGAACCUGUUUGACAACUACUACGAGGAGCGAUCACAAAACGCUGCGGGCUCGUCUAUUCCUGGAUAACCUGGGAUAUAGUAUCCUAAAACUAUAUUUUCCAUUGUACAACAACGAUGAAUGCUUUCACCUCAUCAUCUCAUCAUGCAAAUCCAUCACUCGACAUCAUUACAUAGAGGUAGCACAAAGCUGACUUGAAGAUGUUGGGUAUCUGUGCUCUUAUAACUGGCUACGAUAUUCAUGACCUCCUACCUAGCCUAUAACCCAUCACUUACUAUGUUCCUUGUUCAUGUUUGGAGAAUACCUUACAUUUCUGAGAUCGAACUCCUCUGAGCAGCGCGGAAAUGACGCAACAUCAUUUAAAAUCCCAAACAAGCGACCCUGAAUUUGACUAAGUCCGCUAAGACCAACGAAUCACAAGCGCACUGGAGCUACUCUUUAUAAAAGGCAAUUGUAGGCUACAAGGUAAGCCAGUCCCCGAUCUGCAUUAGGUCGUGUAGUGCUGUGGCUGCGAAUGAACUCGGACAACUCAAUUGCAGCCUUUUCGGGAC